AUGUUCGAUUAUCGGCAAUUCUCUGUUUUAAGAAAAACUAAUGGUAGUCGGCCACUGCUACAAACACAUAAACAUAUCAUUAAAAUUCCUGAGCGAUUUGAAUUUUGGGAAAGAGAUAGAAAAGGCGGCUAUAAUACGAAAAUAAAGACGGCGCCUUUAGACAAUAUUAAGAAUGGAUUCAGAGAACUUAAAUAUGAGCUCAAGUUAUUUGCCAAUGAAGUUAAAGAUUACUUCACAACUGAUCCUCUAUUACUAGCAAGACCUGGUGAAACUGAUCUUUUAUGGUGCUUUAAUAGUCCAGAUGUAUUGGAUAAGUUUGUAACGACGAGUGAUAGUGACCAUAAUGAAGGAUUCAGUAAUUGUAAAUUAGACAUGAGUCCAGCAGGUCGAGCUCAAUUCCAUGGUUACCUGGAUACCAGAAUUCCGAAAGACGGUCGUAUAAAGAAAUCUGGUUAUUGUUCCAUGCGGUCUAAAAGGAUAAGAAAAUCUUUCAAACGAGAUUCGACAUACGAUUGGAAUAUUUACAACACGCUAGUAAUUAAAGUAAGAGGAGAUGGCAGAUCGUAUUUAUUAAAUAUUUCAUGUGAAGGAUAUUAUGAUUUAACAUGGAACGACAUCUACCAUUAUGUGCUAUACACAAGAGGUGGACCUUAUUGGCAAAUAGCUAAGAUACCAUUUUCUAAAUUUGUCCUUGGAGCCAAAGGACGUCUACAGGACAAGCAAACAAGGAUGCGAUUGGAUAGAAUCACUCAUUUCGGGAUCGCAUGUGGCGAUAGAUACGAUGGUGUUUUCAAUUUAGAAGUAGAGUAUAUAGGUUUAGAAUACGACCCUACACAUGACGAGGAAUUCGCAUAUGAAAUGUAUAAAACCGAGAAGUUUAUUGUUGGUGUGUGA